AUUGAAUUUUACAGUGUGCGGCCCUUAGCCUACCAGUUUCUUCUAAGAUUGGUAGGGUCCCCUCCCCUUAUAGUAUAGGGAUCUCUCUUUCUCUCACUACACAACACACACGAACUACUAACUACUGCCCUCCCUUCUUUCUCUCUCCUCCCACACGCGGUGGUUCAGAGGUCUAUAUAUAUGAUACUCACUUGGCUACCCAUAAAUCCAACCAAGCUCCAUACUCUCUUUCUAUCUCUCUCUUCUUUUCUUGGGAGCUUCAAUGGCGUUGGCCAUGGUCAUUCUUGCUCUGUUCUUGCUCCUCUGUUUUUGUGCUGCUUUGCUGAGAUGGAAUGAAGUUCGAUACAGCAAAAAAGGGUUGCCUCCUGGUACAAUGGGCUGGCCUAUUUUUGGGGAAACCACUGAGUUUCUCAAGCAAGGACCAAACUUUAUGAAAUCCCAAAGAGCUAGGUAUGGGAGCAUUUUCAAGUCCCAUAUUUUGGGGUGUCCUACGAUUGUUUGUAUGGAUCCAGAGGUUAAUAGAUAUGUUCUGAUGAAUGAAUCAAAAGGGCUUGUCCCUGGUUACCCUCAGUCCAUGCUUGACAUCCUUGGCAAAUGCAAUAUCGCCGCCGUCCAUGGCAGCGCCCACAAGCUCAUGAGAGCUGCUCUGCUCUCCGUCGUGAGCCCCACCAUGAUUAAAGACCGACUUCUUCCUAAAGUUGAUGAGUUUAUGCGAUCCCAUUUGAGGAAUUGGGAUCGCCAAAUCAUUGACAUCCAAGACAAGACUAAAGAGAUGGCUCUCUGCUCAUCUUUGAAGCAGAUUGCAGGAAUCGAGUCCGGUCCGCUAUCGGAAUCUUUCAUCCCGGAGUUCUUCAAGCUCGUUCUCGGCACCCUCUCGCUCCCCAUCGAUUUUCCUGGCACAAACUACCGCCAAGGAAUUCAGGCGAGGAAGAGCAUAAUAAAGCUGUUGCAGAAGCUGAUAGACGAGAGAAGAGCCUCAAAGACAGAAAAAGACGACAUGCUUGGGUUUUUUAUGAGCGAGGAGAACAAAUAUAAGCUGAAGGAUGAAGAGAUCAUUGAUCAGAUCAUCACAGUUUUGUACUCUGGCUAUGAAACUGUUUCGACAACUUCAAUGAUGGCUGUCAAGUUUCUCCAUGAUCAUCCCAAAGUUCUUCAGCAACUCAGAGAAGAGCAUUUGGCAAUCAGAGAGAAGAAAAAUCCUGAGGACCCCAUUGAUUGGGAUGAUCUUAAAGCUAUGAAGUUCACUCGUGCGGUGAUCUUUGAAACAUCAAGGCUGGCCACAAUUGUUAAUGGGGUCUUGAGGAAAACUACAAAGGACAUGGAACUAAAUGGCUUUCUCAUUCCAAAAGGAUGGAGGAUCUAUGUGUAUACCAGAGAGAUAAACUAUGACUCUUUUCUUUAUUCUGAACCAUUGACCUUCAACCCUUGGAGAUGGCUGGACAAAAACUUGGAGUCCCAUAAUUACUUCUUCAUCUUUGGAGGUGGAACUAGACAAUGUCCUGGCAAAGAACUGGGAAUUGCUGAGAUUUCUACUUUUCUACAUUACUUUGUAACUAAAUACAGGUGGGAAGAAGUUGGAGGAGAUAAACUGUUGAAAUUUCCAAGAGUGGAAGCUCCAAGUGGAUUCCACAUUAGGGUUUCAUCUUACUGACUGAAUUAAACCAAUAAUAUUUAUUAUAAAAAAGAAGAAAAAAAAAAGUUCUUGUGAAGAACUCGAUGUACAGUUGGAGAUGAUGAUAUGUAUAGGCACUGUGAAUGGUAGAGAGAGAUAUAUGGAGGGAGGAUGUACAAUAACAUUCUAACACCUUGACCUUAGGGACAAAAGGAAUGAAAUUGAAUUUUCAUCAA